AUGGUUUCUUAUAAUGAAUACAAGUUAUGCUUAAAUAAUCCUCGUUUAGAUAUGAAGAGAAAAAAUUAUAAAUAUAAUGUUGAUGAAGGAAUAAUUAGGAAAGGUGCAAAAUGGAUAUGUUUGAUAAAUAAAGUUUUUCAUUUUCAUUUUUUCAUAUGCAUAUGUGUAUUACUCCAUAUGAUGGUAUUUGGUGUUUGUAUAUACAAAGGUGAAGGAAGUGUUAAUGUUACAGAACCCAAGACUAUUUCUUCCAGAACAUUAUAUGAGAAUAAGGGAGUUGCCUAUGAAUCUAAUGUAGCAGUACAUGAUAAUUUAUUAAAUAAAUUAUACAUGUCACCAAAUGUUGAAAAUAAUGGAAUUAAAGAAGAUAAUGUAUUUGGAAAUAAUGAUUUAGGUGGAAUGGAAUCCCAUCAAAUGUUUAAGGAAAAGAUUAGAAGAUCAUCCAGAUUAUCAAAAGGUAAUUAUAGUAAUUUUAAAGAUGGAUUUGGUUAUGAAUAUUCAGAACUUGCUGAUAGCAUGACUGAUGAAGAAAUAGAUAAAGAAGUAGAUGAAUUGAUGGAAUAUACGACUAAUAAUAAAGAAAAAGUAUAUAAUUUAUGGUGGCAAAUAAUGAGAAAUGAAAGAAUUAAAUAUGUUACGAUUAUGAAAAAUUUAUACAAAUUUUUUCUUAAAUUGAAAAAGAAAUAUAAUGUUGAUAAUACUUUUUCCGAGAAACAAUGGAAUAUAUGUAAAAAGGCAGUAAAAAAAAAUAGAAUAAAUUACGAAAAAAGUAUUAAUACGACAUUCUUAAAUUGGUGCAACUCACUAUUGUUAAGAAAAGAUGAUUAUCAGAAACUUAUAAAAUCGAAUAGAUUAAAAUGGAAAGAAUUAAGUAUUAAAACAGAAAAGGCUUGUAGGGAUAAUAUGGUUCAAGCUUUUGAAGAAAAAGUAAAAGCCGAAAGUACAAAACUAGAUUUAGAUUAUGUGACUGAACAUAUUAGAAAGAACAAUAAAAGAAAAAAAAUUACUAAAGACGGAGAUGGUUGUUAUUCUACACAAUCUAAUGUACAGUAUAAUGAGUGUAUGAAAACAUCUGAUUAUAUUGAUGCAGAAGAUUCUGAUGCUCUUGUAGAAGACGAAGUAACUGAGGAGGAAAAUAUUUCAGAUGAAUCCGUUAAAAAAGAAGAAGAAAAAGAAGAAGAAGAAGGAGUAGAUAUUGUAGAGGAUGAAGAUGCUUUAAAAGAUUCAAGUGCUUCAGGAGAUUCAAGCACUUCAAAAUAUACAAUUUUAUCUGCAGAUUCUGCAGAAUAUAUGGAAUCAGAUAUUUUGUCAGUUUUGGAUGUACCAGAUGUAAAUGGUCCUGCUUCUGCACGUAGUGUAUAUGUUAAGGCAUAUACCCCAGAACCUAGGGAAAAGUUAUACCGUCCAAAGGUGAGAUAUGUGACUAUAUAA